AUGAUAAAAUAUUCUGCAGUUAACACAGACGAAGAGGAAGCAAUACCAAAUUCUACAAUAACAAGUGAUGGAGAUUCUUUGGAGCAGUUACCACUUUUAGGUGAAAGUAUAACCAUUCAAGAUGAAGUUACUGAUGGCCAUCCAAUUGCGUCAGUUGGUCUUGUUGUUGGAAGUGUGGUAAUACUUUACGCAGGCUUUACUUCUUGUUUGGGUUUAUAUUUUUUGUCAAGGGUAGCAACCCAUACAAAUGGUCGUAAUGCAUCGUUUUUUGCAGUAUCACAAUUAACCUAUGCAUCAGUUGGCAUAUUUUUUGAUUUGGCCAUAGCAAUCAAAUGUUUUGGAGUAUCAAUUUCAUAUCUCAUGAUUACUGGUGAUUUGAUGCCAGAAGUGGUUAAAUUUUUACUGGAUAAAACAGCUUCAAGCCACUUUCCUUGGUUGACAGAUAGAACUUUUUGGAUAUCGGUCGCGAUGAUUUUCAUUGUGCCAUUGUCAUUCUUAAAAAGAUUGGAUUCGUUGAAGCACACAAGUUCAAUAGCUUUGAUUGCUGUUGUCUAUUUGAUUUUCAUUGUCAUUUAUUACUAUUUUGCUCCAGAUUAUGACCCACCACCAAAAGACAAAAUACAUUUUGUUAAUUUGUCGAGUAAAUUUUUUUCAAAUUUACCAAUAUUUAUAUUUUCAUUUACUUGUCAUCAAAAUCUUUUUACCAUUUAUAAUGAGCUUGAGUUCAAUAAUCAAAGAAAUAUUAAUAGUGUUAUUACCACUGCUAUUGGAACAUCAGCAAUUGUUUAUCAAAUAAUUGGAAUAUUUGGUUAUCUAAGUUUUGGUGAUGAUGUCUUACCAAACAUAAUAUCAGAAUAUAAUGCAGGUUUAAUAGUAACAAUUGGUAGGAUAGCGAUCGUGAUAUUGGUAAUAUUUUCGUAUCCACUUCAAGCGCAUCCUGCUAGAGCAUGUCUGGAUAAAGUUUUAACUUUUCGAUCAAGAACUACUUCAACAUCACCAACUCUAUCAGAUAAUAAUAAUAAUCGUAAGAUUGAUGACGAUUUAUUAACGAAAGUUAAAUAUAUAUUUUUAACAUCCGGAAUUUUAAUUUCAAGCUAUACGAUUGCAAUUUCCGUAACAAAAUUGGAUUUGGUAUUUGCAUUCGUUGGAUCAACAGGAUCCACAACAAUCUCAUUUAUAUUACCUGGUAUAUUUUAUUAUAAAAUCCAUCAGAAUGAUCCAUGGGAUAGAUAUAAGAUUGGUGCAGCAUUACUGGCCCUCUAUGGAUCCUUGGUGAUGAUUAUUUGUUUAACAUUAAAUGUAGAACGUGUUUCCGCUUAA